AUGGGCUUGCUACCGCCUUCCCUCGUGCCCUUUUUUUACUCUCUGUUGGUGGUCGCGUGCCUAUCGUCGAAACUACUACAUCUCGCGCAGCACGAGCAUUCGCUGCCGCUCGCCGAGUUUCUGAUAUACCUGCCUACGCUUUUCUUCCAGGACGCGCUGGUGAUAUGUCUGGGACGGUUGUUGCUGCGCGGGCCAGAUGGUGUUUUGCAGUGGUUUAGCUGUGUGGUGGGCGCGCUCAUGGCAGUCAUCACCUUCGCAUCGUCAGCCAUGCAGAUAGGCUUUUUCUGGGAAACCGGCUCGCAGAUCGAAUGGGGCGCCAGCGGCAGUUUUCUGCGCGAUCCGGCGGCGAUGAAGAUACUGCUAAGUGGCGUGCGCAGCGUGGCGUUGUCGGGGGUCAUGUUGUUUCUGAUCGCAUACUUGACGACGCCGUAUCUGUAUACCAUGACUGGAGGGUUGUUGACAGCUGGGCGUGGUUUGCUGGGGGGGAAUAACAACGGGGCGGCAGCUUCUUCUUCUUCUUCUUCUUCUCUAGAUGUGCUGCCCACGACGACAGUGAACGCAACGACGGAAUCUUCUUCCAUGCGCAAGUCGAGUAAUGGUAGCUCCAACAACCGCAACCGCGGCGUGUCUGUGUCGACGGCAGUUAUAAUCGUUGUAUUUCUUCUCUUCCUUCGUGUUCGUCGACCGCGGUUGCCGUACGAUCAUCUCGCCUCGACGCUGCCGUUUGCCCUGUCCGCGGCCUUUCACAGACACCCAGCACAUCACGGCUGUCCGCAGUCUGGAGUAACUCCAUUCCCCUUUCCGGAACUCGUCGAGCCUGCGCGCUGGGAGCGUCCUGUGGGACAUUACCCAGGCUGGAUUCCUGAUCACAGCUGGCCGUCAUCGUGGCCGAAAUGGCUGCCGGAGCAUCCACCGCCGGGGUUUAGUCGUUGGGCCAAGCAGAUGAAAAAGAAUACAGAUAAUAAACACGGACAUGGACACGGACAGCAGGACGAAAAAAGUGAAUGUAAAGAACAAACAGCGACGUACAGUGCGGCGACCGACCCGUCCAAGAUUUCGAAUCUGGACAAUGAUAUUUACAAACAACUAAAAACCGCGUUUGACCAGCACUCGGUACGUAUUGAGCAUAUCGUGCUGCUCACGCUGGAGAGCGCGAGGAAGGAAACAUUCCCUAUGAAGCAAGGCACAGACCUGUACGAUAUGGUGCUUGACACGUUCGACCAAAAGAAACGCGCUGCGGGUAUUGACAGGCUGUCUAGCAUGACGCCGACGGCGCAGAUGGUGACGGGCGAGUUUGCGACGAACAGUACUGGUCAGACGAACACGUUUGACGACUGGCCGUGGCAUGCUGAAGGAGGAGCAGGAGGAGGAGGAGGAGGAGGAGGAGGUGAUGGUGGGAUUAAUAUCAAGGGCGCCAUGACGGGCAGCUCGCUGACGCUCAAGAGUUUGUUGAGCAGCCACUGCGGCGUGAUGCCGCUGCCAGUCGAUCUGCUCGAAGAAGCCAAGCUGGAUAUUUACCAGCCGUGUCUGCCGCAUAUUUUGGGUCUGUUUGACUCGAAAAAGACAGGCCGCCCAAACAGCCAGCAGAGGUUUGACGAAAGACAGUGGAGGUCGGUCUUUGUGCAGUCAUCGACAGACUCGUACGACCGCCAGGCUCUGAUGACGCGACGCAUGGGCUUUGACGAGUCCAUUGCCAAGGGCACGCUGGACGACCCAGACUCCAAAUACUAUCCUCCUCGCAGCGCCGAGAUCAACUACUUUGGGUACGCCGAAGAAGAGCUGGAGCCGUAUCUCAAGGACGUCAUCUUCGCAGCGGCCGAGAACAAGACACGCCUGUUUCUAUCGCAUAUGACCUCGACCACGCACCAUCCAUGGAACGUGCCGGCCACAGUCCACCGCGAGGACUAUUUUGGACAGGAAAAGGUGAAGCACAAGGACCUGAACGCGUUUUUCAACACGGUGCACUAUGUCGACCGCUGGGUCGGCAAGAUCCUAAAGUAUCUCGAGGAGGCACGCAUUGCCGAGCAGACCCUGGUCGUGAUAGUCGGAGACCACGGACAAGCGUUUGAAGAAGACGACUGGACACAAGGAACGUACGAGAACAGCCACAUCAGCAACUUCCGUGUGCCGCUGGUGUUCCGCCAUCCUCGUCUGCCGCGCAUCGAGGUCGAGGCCAACGCGACGUCGCUCUCGAUUGUGCCGACCAUUUUGGAUCUGCUGGUGCACAGCAACUCGCUGAACGCGCACGACCGGCGUAUCGCCGAGUGGCUGGCGCCGGAGUACCAGGGCCAGUCACUAGCACGGCCGUUCAAAAAUUCGCAGAGUGGACGGCGAAGCUGGAACAUGGGCAUUAUCAACGCCGGCGGCAGUCUGCUCUCGCUAACCAGCGCCGGCGAUCCGUACCGUCUGGUCGUGCCGGUGCAGAACAGCUCUUCUGUUGCUGGCGACAAGGUGUUUGAGUAUCGCUUCACGCACACGGGCAUGGACCCGGCAGAGAAGCUGGCGCUGGAGCGUUGGAGUUUGGACGAGCUCGUGCCAGCCGUAAACAAAUUUUAUGGCGCCGAGGCCGCGCGCUGGACGGAGAGUGCGGCGCUGAUGGGGCGCUGGUGGAUUGACGAGCAGAAGCGGAUCUGGAAUUAUCCCUAG